UCUCCAUCGGAGAAAAAAAGUGGGGGGAACCCACCAUUGAAAUUGGAAGAGAAAGGGGAAAAAUCCCUUCUUUUUCGCUGGCUUACUCGUGCCUUCUCGGCGAACUCGCCGGAAUCCGAAUCCCAUCGCCGGAGACUAGCUCUCUCUCCUCUUUAUCUUCUUGCCCUUUUCGUUUUAUUUCCGUUUGCGUACUUCUGCGGGAGCGAUUUUGUUGCUCAGCUUUGGUGGUGAAGUGAGAGAGAGAGAGAGAGAGGCGAGAGAUGUAUGUGGUUCCUCCACCACAGCGAUCCGAUCUGGGAUCCAACGGUGAUUUGCGGGUAUACCAAACAUGGAAAGGAAGCAAUAUAUUCUUUCUCCAGGGAAGGUUUAUAUUCGGACCAGACGUAAGAUCAUUGGGGCUGACCAUACUUCUCAUUGCUGCCCCUGUUACAAUUUUCUGCAUCUUUGUCGCUUGGAAGCUGAUGGACGACUUCUCAGAUAGCUGGGGAGUGUCAAUAGUAGUUGUUGCUGUUGUGUUUACCAUUUACGAUUUGAUUCUUCUGCUGUUCACAUCCGGAAGAGAUCCCGGGAUUAUCCCACGAAAUGCCCAUCCUCCAGAGCCUGAAGGCCUUGAUGGCAACACUGACACAGUGGCUGGCCAGACUCCUCAGUUGCGACUGCCCCGCAUGAAGGAAGUGCAGGUUAAUGGAUUCACAUUUAAGGUCAAGUACUGCGAUACUUGCAUGCUUUACAGGCCUCCUCGUUGCUCACACUGCUCAAUUUGCAACAACUGUGUGGAGAGGUUUGAUCAUCACUGCCCUUGGGUCGGUCAAUGUAUUGGGUUGAGGAACUACCGAUUCUUUUUCAUGUUUGUCUUCUCAACGACCCUACUCUGUAUAUAUGUGUUUGCCUUCUGCUGGGUCUACAUCAGGAAGAUCAUGGAAUCAGAACAUAUAAGCAUUUGGAAGGCGAUGCUCAAAACCCCUGCAUCAAUUGUUCUGAUAAUCUACACGUUCAUUUCAAUGUGGUUUGUCGGGGGAUUAACAGCCUUUCAUUUGUAUCUCAUCAGCACAAACCAGACUACAUAUGAGAACUUCAGAUACAGAUAUGACCGACGUACCAACCCGCAUAACAAAGGAGUGGUUGAAAACUUCAAAGAGAUCUUCUGUUCCCCUAUCCCGUCUUCGAAGAACGAUUUCAGGAGUAAGGUGCCACGAGAACCUCCGCUUCCUUCCAGACCUGUGGCUGGCGGUUUUAUGAGUCCAAACAUGGGAAAGGCCAAUGAUGACAUUGAAAUGGGCAGAAAAGCGGUUUGGGCAGACAUGGGUCCAGCCAUGGGUGAUCAUGAUGAUGGGAAACUCGGUAACAACGAAAGGUUACAUGUUAAAGAUGGCGAAUUAGGUGAGUUAUCUCCAGACAUUAGGACCACAGUGGAUGGACCAGGUGACAGGAUGGGUAUGCACCCAAGGCGAUCAAGCUGGGGAAGGAAGAGCGGAAGCUGGGACAUGUCACCAGAAGUUAUGGCCUUAGCAGCCAGGUUAGGGGAACAAAAUCAAGUUGGAGGCAGCAGCAGUGGCAGUGGCUUAAUGGUCGAGAACCGGCCCAUGUAGUCUGAUGUGAUGCUGUUGAAAGACAGAAUCAAGUCUGGUGAAUACAGUUUAGAAAAAUUUGAAGGCCUGUUUCAGUGGUGAUGCUGUGUUGGGUUUGGCUUAUUGUGUUCUAAAGGGAAGCAAUGGUCAUAGUGUGUUGUUUGUACGAGUGAAGCUUCUUCUUUUUCCUUCUUUUCUUCAGGUUUGGCUUUGGAUGUGGCAAAAGACAGUUAGGGUUCUAGUUGUUUUGCUCCUUAUGUCCAUACAGUUAAUCAGAAAUCUCUGUGUUAUGAUCAAAAUCUUUGUGUUUUA